AUGCUCUCUUCAUGGGUUCCCCUCCAUUUAAAUUCUAGUGCAUCAGUUCCAUGCACUUCUUGGUUUGGAGUAGUUUCCAAUGCUGAUGAGAGCAUUCAGAGGCUAAACCUCAGUACAUCUGGCUUAAAGGGUAGGCUUCAUCAAUUUUCAUUCUUAUUGCUACACAAUCUUACUCAUUUCCAGCUCAAUGUCAACAAGUUUUUUGGCCCCAUCCCAGCAGAAAUUAGACUCCUAUCCAAACUUAUCUAUCUUGAUUUUUCAGAGAAUAAGUUUUCUGGUGUAAUCCCACCUGAAAUAGGAAACCUGCACCAGCUAACCACCUUAUCUCCACCACAAACCCUAAAUUUCCCAACACUCUCUGGUCCCAUUCCUACUGAACUUGGGAAUUUGAAGUCUCUUAUUUGUCUUGAUUUGAGCCACAAUCAACUUAGUAGUUCUAUUCCUUCAUCAUUGGGUAAUUUGACAUCUUUGGAUAUCCUAUAUUUGCACCAAAAUCAGCUCUCUGGUCCCAUUCCUAUUGAACCUGGGAAUUUGAUGUCUCUCACUGAUCUUGCGAUGAGUCACAAUCAACUCUCUGGUCCCAUUCCUAUUGAAAUUGGGAAUUUGAAGUCUCUCAUUGGUCUUGCAAUGAGUGACAAUCAGCUUAGUGGUUCUAUUCCUUCAUCAUUGGGUGAUUUGACUUCUUUGAAAAUCCUUCAUUUGUUCCAAAAUCAACUCUCUGGUCACGUUCCUAUUGAACUUGGGAAUUUGAAGUCUCUCAUUUAUCUUGCUGUGUUUCAUAAUCAACUUAGUGGUUCUAUUCCUUCAUCUUUCGGUGAUUUGACAUCUUUGAUUUACCUUCAUCUGGACCAGAAUCAACUCUCUCUUUGGUCUCAUUCCUUCAUUAAACCUCAGCAACAUAGAGGGUCUGUUUCUUCAUGA